GCCUUUUCGUACAAGCGUAUAUUAUGGUCUAUUUAAGAAAUGUACAGGAUAUAAUGAUACAUGCCGCCCUUUCCCAUCUGUGGAUCAACAUGAUUGUAAUGAACGCAAUUUUUGUGAGGAGUGGGAGGCUGCCGCCAUUGGAAUGAUUCUUGCUGCUGUCGUUGGUGGACUGGCCUGGUUACAUUUGGUAUCAGUUCUAGUUGGUGGCAGAGCGAUGAGAGAAAAAGCAUGGAAAAUAUUAUCAGUUCUGUUCUUUGUAUACGGUAUAAGAAAAUUCGAUUCAGUUCGAGCUUUGAUCAAAUUAGUACCUCAUUCACUAAUAACAAAUUGCUAUUAUUUGCCAGCUAUUCUGCAAUUUUCGAGCAUUGCUUUUAUUGCACACCUUUAUUCAACGGCGGAUACAUUUUAUUAUGGAACCAAAUACGAUGUUAGUUUUGUGCUUGCUAAUGUAUCCGCAUCAUUGAGCAUUGUGCUCGGAAUCACUCUGUUCAUGAAUGGAUUGCUAUCGCCACCGGA